GCAGUUAAAGGCGACUUCGACAAACGAAUUCGAUUAAUCGAUUAGUCGUAAGUCGACUUUUAGAUUCCUAAAUGUCUAUGCUGUAAACAUACAUUUUUGUCAAAAGCGGGCCUUUUCAAAAAUACUAAAUAAAUAAACAAUGCGUCGAAGUUUAGCACCUAGCCAAAAACAGUCUUCUAAAAGCAAUUUAAAUUUCAUCACACCAUUUAUAAAUAAGCGCAAGCGAACAUGUGAACAGCAAAAAGUACAAAUCCAGCGAUUCCCCCUAUCACAGAGGCAAACGCAGUUAAUAUCACUUCCACCCACACAAUAUGAACAGUUAAUCGCCAAAGUUCUUUCACAGCCAUUCAAGGUACCCAUAGCGGACUAUGUGCCAGAAUAUAACAGCAAUCGUAGUUUGGGCUUAAGAAGAACAUCUGUAAGAAAAGCUUUACAUGAUCCUUAUGCUUGCAAUGCAUUGGUCCUAUAUACACCUCCUAACUACACAGAGCAUGAACGUGCAACCAUGGAUCCUACCAAGAUUUUGGUUCAUGUUGUAGUCGAUCCAAUAUUGAGUAACAUUUUGCGACCUCAUCAGCGAGAGGGGGUAACUUUUAUGUACGAAUGUGUUGAAGGCAAAAAAGGGCCAUUUAAUGGAUGCAUUAUGGCCGACGAAAUGGGUUUAGGCAAGACAUUGCAAUGCGUUACCUUGACUUGGACAUUGUUGCGUCAAAGUCCAGAAUGUAAACCAGCCAUAUCGAAAGUAAUCAUUGUUUGCCCCUCCUCACUGGUUAAAAACUGGGAGAAAGAAUUUCAUAAGUGGCUGCACGGCCGGCUACAUUGCCUGCCUAUGGAGGGCGGUUCCAAAGAAGACAAUAUACGAGCGUUAGAGCAGUUUGCCUACAACACCAGCCAACGAUGUGGCACACCGGUCUUGGUGAUAAGUUAUGAAUCAUUUCGUAUAUAUGCUGAUAUAUUGUGUCGAAAUGAAAUUGGUAUGGUUAUAUGCGAUGAAGGCCACCGUCUUAAAAACAGUGACAACUUGACUUAUCAAGCCCUAAUGGGUCUCAAGACAAAGCGGCGUGUUCUGCUCUCUGGUACGCCCAUACAAAAUGAUCUCACAGAGUAUUUUAGUUUGGUAAAUUUUGUUAAUCCUGAAAUGUUGGGAACAGCCUCGAUAUUUAAGCGCAAUUUUGAAAAUGCGAUUUUGCGGGGACAAAACGCCGAUUCAAGUGAUAAGGAACGACAAAGGGCUGUAGAAAAAACUCAAGAAUUGAUUGGCAUAGUGAACCAAUGUAUAAUUAGACGCACUAAUCAAAUACUGACAAAGUAUUUGCCAAUCAAAUUCGAGAUGGUGAUAUGCGCCAAAAUGACUCCCCUCCAAGUAGCUUUGUAUUGCAAUUUUCUUAAGUCUGAUAAGGUGAAGCAAAACUUGCAAGACUGCAAUGAACGAACUCCCUCCCUGACUGCAUUGGCAGAUAUAACCAACUUGAAAAAAUUAUGUAGUCAUCCCGAUUUGAUAUACGAUAAAGUUCUGGCUCGUGAAAAUGGCUUCGAAAAUGCUCAUACCAUAUUUCCCGCCAAUCAUAGCACAAAGGAAUUAAAUCCAGAACUAAGCGGUAAACUUAUGUUGUUGGAUAUUAUGCUUGCUACAAUUCGAACUAACAGUGAUGACAAAGUUGUACUAAUUUCAAACUAUACACAGACUUUGGAUUUGUUUGAACAAUUGGCUAGAAAGAGGAAAUACCCAUUUGUUCGUUUAGAUGGCACCAUGACCAUUAAAAAACGGAGUAAAGUUGUUGACCGUUUUAAUGAUCCCAGCACCGAUUGUUUUCUGUUUAUGCUCAGCUCUAAGGCUGGUGGUUGCGGUUUAAAUUUAAUUGGCGCGAAUCGUUUGUUUAUGUUUGAUCCUGAUUGGAAUCCAGCAAACGAUGAGCAAGCAAUGGCUCGCAUUUGGAGAGAUGGGCAAAAGAAACCUUGCUUCAUAUACAGAUUAGUGGCGACUGGUUCAAUCGAAGAAAAAAUUCUGCAGCGACAAACACACAAAAAGUCUUUAUCGAGCACCAUUAUCGAUAAUAACGAAUGCGACGAAAAACAUUUUACGAGAGACGAUUUGAAGGAUCUUUUUAGUUAUGAUCCCAAUAUAAUAUCUGAUACUCACAACAAGCUAAAAUGUAAACGUUGUGUCAAUAAUAUCCAAACUGAGCCACCUGCUGAAAAUACAGAUUGCACUUCACAUCUAUCACAGUGGUAUCAUUGUUCCAAUAAUCGAGGACUACCAGAUAGUCAUUUAGCCGAAGCUUGGCGUACCGGCAAAUGUAUAUCUUUUGUCUUUCAUCAUCGUUCGCAGGGCGAAGUGAAAAAAAGCGAAGACGAAUCGUCGGAGUCAUGUAAGAGAAAAGACGAAUCAUUGGAUCCGGAAAAAAGCAAAACAUAUAAAUCUUCGAAACGUAUUACAUCUGACGAUGAAGAUAGCUACUCUGAACGUGAUGAUAGCAAAGAUAGUGAUUUUGAAUAAAGGAAAUUGUCUAUACAAAACGCAUGCAGCCUCUCUCAAACAUAAUUCGAAAUUUGGUUUUUACAACGGAAAUUUUUUGUCUAAAUUAUAACAAUAUUCUC